CGGGAACCGGCCCGGCGGGGCAGGGCGGAGCCUACGCUCAGCCCGGCCUCUGCUCACCUCAUCGACGGGGGACGGAAGUCUCGGUCUCGCUGGACUCUCGGAGGGUCAGGCUCGUCCGCGGGGCAGCUGGGCCUGGCCAAAGCCUGGGCGCGCUUCCGCGCGGCGGCGCCAUGAAGCGCGCGGGGACUCUGCGGCUGCUCUCGGAUCUGAGCGCCUUCAGCGGCGCGGCCCGGCUCCGAGAGCUGCUGACCGGGGACCCAGCGGUCCGAGUCCGCGGCAGCCCGGACGGCCGCCACCUGCUGCUCCUGCGACCCCCGGGGGCACCAGCCCCGCAGCUCCUGGUCGCGGGGCGAGGGCCGGGCGUGGAGCUGGAGCUGGCCUGGCCGGCCUGCCAGCUCUCCCCGCUGGACGCCUUCUUCCUGUCGUGGCCAGCGCGGCCGGCUCUGGUGUUGGUGUGGGAGAGUGGUCUGGCCGAGGUGUGGGGCGCGGGCGUGGGGCCUGGCUGGCGGCUGCUGCAGAGCAUCGAGCUGUGUCCGUGCGAGGGAGCUCGCGUGGUUGCCGUGGCCGCGCUCCGAGGCCGUCUGGUGUGGUGCGAGGAGCGCCAGGCAGGGGCCGAGGGCCCGCUAGGGCGGCCCGCAGUCGCUUUCAGCCACUGCGUGUGCGUCCGAACCUUGGAACCCGGCGGGGAAGCUGGCACCAGCCUAGGACGCACACACGUACUGCUGCACCACUGUCCCGCUUUUGGACUGCUGGCCUCCUGCAGACACCUCUUCCUGGUGCCCACUGCCACCACCUGGCCUGGCGUGGCCCACGUUCUACUCAUCUGGAGCCCAGGCAAGGGCAAAGUGAUGGUGGCUGACCCACGGCGUGGCCUCUCCUACAGUAAGAGUCUGAAUUCUGGACGAGGGGACACAUGGGACUUCCGGACCCUGCUCCGAGGCCUUCCUGGGUUGCUGUCCCCCAGGGAGCCACUGGCUGUACACACCUGGGCCCCAACUCCCCAGGGCCUGCUGUUGCUUGACUUCGGGGGCACUGUGAGCCUAGUGCAAUCCCACGGUGGUACCCGGGCUGUGGGCACCCUGCAGGAGGCGCCUGUAGGUCCGCGGGGGUCUGCAGCCUUAGGCACAUUUCAGGGCACUCUGGCCUGUGUGCUGGGCUCCACCUUGGAACUGCUGGACAUGGGCAGUGGGCAGCUGCUGGAGAGGAAGGUCCUAAGUACAGACAGGGUACAUCUGCUGGAACCCCCAGCCCCUGGCAUGGAGGAUGAGGAAGAGCUAGAGACCCGCGGGAGUCUUCGUCUGCUUUCAGCCUUGGGUCUGUUUUGUGUGGGCUGGGAAGCCCCACAGGGUGUUGAGCUGCCUUCAGCCAAGGACAUGGUGUUUGAGGAGGCCUGCGGGUACUACCAGCGGCGGAGCCUGCGGGGUGCCCAGCUCACCCCAGAAGAACUGAGACACAGCAGCACAUUCCGGGCACCUCAGGCUCUGGCCUCUAUCCUCCAGGGCCACCUACCCCCAUCUUCACUGCUGACCAUGUUGAGGACUGAGCUUCGGGAUUAUCGAGGCUUAGAGCAGCUGAAGGCCCAGUUGGUGGCCGGGGAUGAUGAGGAGGCUGGCUGGACUGAGCUGGCAGAGCAGGAAGUGGCACGCUUGCUGAGGACUGAGUUGAUAGGAGACCAGCUGGCCCAGCUCAACACCGUUUUUCAAGCCCUGCCUACUGCAGCCUGGGGUGCUGCACUCAGGGCCUUGCAGCUCCAGCCAGAUGGGAAAGGCAAGCUGAGCUCCCAAGCACCCCCUGAUGUGUGGAAGAAAGUGUUAGGGGGCAUAACCACUGGAAAGGAACCCCCCAAUGGGAUAUUGCCCCCCUUUGAACUCCUGUGCCAAUGCCUGUGCCGGCUGGAGCCUCGAUGGCUGCCACCCUUUGUAGAACUGGCACAGCAGCAGGGUGGGCCGGGCUGGGGGGCAGGGGGCCCGGGACUGCCCCUGUAUCGCCGAGCCCUGGCAGUGCUAGGUGAGGAGGGGACCAGGCCUGAGGCACUGGAGCUGGAACUGCUCUUGAGCAGUGGGCGGCCCAAAGCUGUGCUCCAAGCUGUUGGGCAGCUGGUGCAAAAGGAGCAAUGGGAGCGGGCUCUGGAUGCUGGCCUGGCCCUCGGCCCCUCCAGUCCUCUGCUUCGAAGUGAAAUCUUCAAACUGCUGCUAGCUGAGUUUGCCCAGCACCGCCAGCUUGAUGCUCACCUCCCCCUGCUUUGCCGCCUGUGCCCACCAGAACUGGCUCCAGCUGAGCUCCUGCUUCUACUGCGGACAUACCUCCCAGAUGAGGUGGGGCCCCCUGCCCCAUUCUCUGAGCCUGGAGCAGAGCCCCCUCUUACUGUGGGCUUGCUCAAAGCCCUGCUGGAGCAGACUGGGGCUCAAGGAUGGCCUUCGGGCCCAGUUCUAAGCCCAUAUGAGGACAUCCUGUGGGACCCCAGCACUCCACCCCCCGCUCCACCUCGGGACCUAUGACCACCUUCCAGGCAUCAGACUGCUCAGGGCCUGGAGGCUUGCUUGGGCACCAUGUGGACAGGUACUGUGUCACUGACAGAGAAAAUCAUUUCUGGGACGCAGUUAUCAGGGAAAGAUGCCUGGGACUUGGAGAGGCCCAUGGUGGACCUGUAUAUGCAAUACUCUUCUGUCUUCUGGAACUAUUUUUAAGAUGUGUGUAUGUGUUAAAUAUAUACACAGUUUAAUAUAUA